AGAGAAGAGAGAGAUGACUGAUCAGAAGAAAAAGCCCAAGGCAGUGAUAGUGGGAGGGAGCAUAGCAGGGGUAUCAUGCGCACACACGCUAAUAUUAGCUGGGUGGGAUGUUGUGGUGGUAGAGAAAUCAUAUGCAGCCCCAACUGGAAGCCCAACCGGGGCAGGACUUGGCCUUGACCCUCUGGCUCUAAAACUCAUUCAGUCAUGGAUCAAAGAGCCCGAGCUUCUCAACAAGGCCACUUUACCCCUCACAAUUGAUCAGAAUGAUGCAAUAGAUGGUGAGAAAAAGGUAAAAUGGACAUUAACUAGAGAUGAGGACUUCAACUGUAGAGCAGCACAUUGGGCUGACCUACAUGCCCUACUGUACAAUGCUCUACCACCAAACUUGUUUCUCUGGGGUCACCAUUUCCUAUCUUUCACUGUUUCUAGUGACAAGGGUUCAGUUAAAGUGAAGGCCACAGCUCAUCAAACGAAUGAGAUCAUCGAAAUCGUAGGCGAUUUGCUUGUUGCAGCAGAUGGGUGCCUCUCCUCUAUCCGCCAAAGUUUUGUCCCUGACCAUAAACUGAGGUAUUCAGGUUAUUGUGCAUGGAGAGGCGUUCUUGAUUUUUCAGGAAAUGAGAAUUCAGAAACUAUAAUCGGCAUCCGGAAGGCAUACCCUGAACUUGGGAAAUGCUUGUACUUUGGCUUAGGUUCUGGAAGUCACACUGUGCUAUAUGAGCUUCUGAACCAGAGGCUCAAUUGGAUUUGGUAUGUCCACCAGCCAGAGCCUGAUCUGAAGCGUAACUCGAUGACCACGAAAGCAGGCAGUUAUGUGAUCCAGAAUAUGCACAAAGAAGCAGAAAAGGUGUGGCUUCCAGAGUUUGUGAGAGUGAUCAAAGAAACUAGAGACCCUUUCAUCAAUGCCAUAUAUGACACUGAACCCUUAGAACAAAUCUACCGGGACAAUGUGGUACUAGUUGGAGAUGCGGCUCAUCCCACAACUCCUCAUGCCUUAAGAAGCACGAACAUGUCGGUAUUAGAUGCUGCAGUGCUAGGCCAAUGCCUGCAGAAGUGGGGAGCAGAAAAUUUGCAAUCAGCUCUUGAAGAAUAUCAGUCGAUUCGGCUACCAGUUGUAUCCAAACAAGUCUUGCACGCAAGGCGAAUGGGUCGGAUUAAACAAGGCCUGGUUCUUCCUAAUCGACCAUCUUUCGACCCCAAGACUGCUAAUUCAGAGGAAUGCCAAGAGCUUCAACAGAGACUCAUGCCCUUUUUCAGUGAUGUUCCUGCCAUACUACUAUGAUUUAAAUGUUAUGCUCCUGGAAAUCGACAAGACAAAUUGUCCUUCCAAUUCGGUUGCUGAGAGCUUUAACAGAAGAAUACCACUCUUUUUUGUAUUUAUUUUGAUGCAAUGCAGCUAAUAAGGCAUGAUCUCUGUUUGAGUCUUGUGUUCAAACUAUUUAUGGAAGAACAGAAGGGUUAUAUGGCUACAA